GAGUGCUUCCGGGUCAGCGCGUCUGUUCCUCAUUCUUGGCUGCCCGAAGCCUCUCCGGAAGCGGCGGCGGAGCCCCCUCUCGGCUUUUCUUGACCCGCAAGGCUGGGAGGACGAGGGGCCAGGCUUCGAAGGAAGGGAAGGGAGCGGCGGCGGCAGAGGAGGAGGAGUCGGCGGAGGCCUGAACCGGAGCAUGGGUAGGGACCAUAGCUCAGUGGCAGAGCACAUGUUUUGCCCAGAAGAGGUCCCAGGUUCAAACCUCACCAGUUCCAGCUAAAAAAAAGAAUACUGUAUAAAAAGGCUUUCCCCAAAUCCUGGAGAAUUGCUGCCAAAGUGGGGAGAACUGGGCCAAAUGGGAACGAUGGCCUAAUUCGCUCUAAGGCAGCUUCAUAGACUCAUGAUUGACAGUUCUUCUAAGUAGACAAGUUUGUGGUUCAGCAUGGAUCGAAGAAGAUAGUAGGGGAACCCAACAGAAUUUUGGAUGAGAUGGCUUUCUUGGACAACCCAACAAUUAUCCUGGCUCACAUUCGACAGUCGCAUGUGACCAGCGAUGACACUGGGAUGUGUGAAAUGGUCCUGAUUGACCAUGAUGUCGACCUGGAGAAAUUCCAGCCCACUUCGGCCAACGGAGACAGCUGCUCAGAAACGCAAGCCAACAAUGGCGAGUCUCAGGGUUACGUAUACUCUCAAUCAGUUGACAUUACCUCAAGCUGGGACUUUGGCAUUAGAAGGCGAUCCAACACAGCUCAGAGACUCGAACGACUACGGAAGGAGAGGCAAAAUCAGAUAAAAUGCAAGAAUGUGCAGUGGAAAGAGAGAAAUACGUCGUAUUCAGCAGAGGAGCUGAGCACACUUUUUGAGAAAAAGAACUUCAGAAUAAAGCCCCCACACGCCUCGAAGCCAUCAAUCCUGUCAGUCCGACUGGAGCAGUGCCCCCUACAACUUAACAACCCCUUCAACGAAUACUCGAAAUUCGAUGGCAAGGGCCACAUUGGCACAACGGCAACCAAAAUAAUUGACGUCUACCUCCCGCUCCAUACAAACCAGGACAAGUUGCAGCCUAUGACCGUGGUGACCAUCGCCAACGCCAAGGUGCAUGACUUGAUCGGGCUCAUCUGCUGGCAGUACACAAGCGAAGGGCGGGAACCCAAGCUCAAUGACAAUGUCAGCGCUUACUGUCUCCACAUUGCUGAGGAUGAUGGCGAGGUUGACACAGAUUUCCCCCCGUUGGACUGCAACGAGCCUAUUCACAAGUUUGGCUUCAGCACGCUGGCGCUGGUUGAGAAGUACUCAUCUCCUGGCUUGGCAGCCAAGCAGUCGCUCUUUGUCCGAAUAAAUGCUGCGCAUGGAUUCUCACUGAUCCAGGUGGACAGCAUGAAGGUCACUAUGAAGGACAUUUUGCAAAAGGCCUUGAAGCGGAGAAAAGGAUCCCUGCGAGGCUCAGGCCCUCAAUACCGGCUGGAGAAGCAGAACGAGCCAAACGUCCCUGUUGACUUAGACUGUACCUUGGACAGCCAAAGCACUUUGGAAUUCUGCCUCGUCCGAGAGAAUAGUGUAGGUUCAAGAGGAGAGGAGAUCGCAGAGGAGGACCCGCAGAUCGACAUCGCUACUGUUCAGGACAUGCUAAGCAGCCACCAUUACAAAUCCUUCAAAGUCAGCAUGAUCCACCGGCUACGCUUCACAACAGACAUUCAAUUAGGUAUUUCAGGAGACAAGGUGGAGGUGGAUCCCGUAACAAAUCAGAAAGCCAGCACUAAGUUCUGGAUUAAACAGAAGCCAAUCUCAAUUGAUGCUGAACUCCUCUGCACUUGUGACCUGGUGGAAGAAAAAAGCCCGAGUCAUGCGAUAUUUAAACUCACAUAUCUAAGCAACCAUGACUACAAACAUCUCUACUUCGAGUCGGAUGCUGCGACCGUCAACGAGAUUGUGCUGAAGAUGAACUAUAUCCUGGAGUCCCGCGCCAGUACAGCCCGAGCCGAUUACUUGGCUCAGAAGCAACGGAAACUGAGUCGAAGGACCAGCUUUAGCUUCCAGAAGGAGAAGAAAUCAGGACAGCAGUGAAAUCUUAGGCUGGUCUGGAAUCAAACGGAAGAGACGCUGCCUGCUAAGAACAAAAUGGCAGAUGCCCCCCAGAAGCCUGGUGGGGACUGAUGAGUUCUGGUUACUAAAACGGCCAGUGGCCAACCAGGCCAGAAAUUGUUCUUUUAUAGGUCGGCAUGAUGAGGCCACAUUUGGCCACGGGCAUUGCCCUUUGACGGAAACAAAGAGCCAUAUCAAUCCCGAAGAGGGCCGCUGGGCAUUCAAGGCCUUGGGCUGGGGCAGCGGAGAGGCCCCUCUAGGCUUGACAACUUGUUUGUUUUGUUUUUUUCUAGAACUCUCUAUAAAAGUACCGUUGUAAGGAAAGCCGCCACAGGCUGGCCAAGCGAUCCGUAAAAAGUCCACAGGUUCAAAGGGGACUGAGGCCUCCACCUGUUAACACACUCGACACACAUGCACACACAGAAAAAGAUACACCCACAACCGUAUCGCUUGUGACUCAGAUCAGAUUUCUUUAAAAAAAAAGAAAUAGACAAAACUUGUAGGACAAAUGUAUCCAUUUUUACUACUAAUAAACCAGUUGUACUCUUUCGCAA